CUCUGCGCCACUAAAGAUUGAAUCCUCUAAAUUGCAGAAAUGGCGACAGCUUUAGCUUCCAGGCUCUCCAAAGGACGUUCAUUGCUUGGAGGUCUUUGCAAUGCUUUCUCUGGUUUGAUGAAUUCCUCCAAUGGAAUGAUGAAUGGAAGCAUCCUCUCUCAGCAACAACAUAGGUCAUUCAUUCAAAUGGGGACGAUUCUCAAAUCCGUGGAUAACUCGGGUGCUAAAGAAGUGAUGUGCAUUCAAUCCCUGAGAGGUAAGAAAGGAGCAAGACUUGGCGAUAUCAUUGUUGGUUCAGUGAAAGACGCCAUACCAAAAGGUAAAGUGAAGAAAGGGAUGGUCGUGUACGGUGUGGUUGUGCGUGCUGCGAUGCAGAAAGGACGUGCUGAUGGAAGCCAAGUCAGGUUUGAUGACAAUGCCGUUGUAGUUGUGGGCAUUAAGGAAAAGAAGAAGAAGAAUUCGGAUGGUUCCAAGAGAAAAUUUGAGUAUAACCAACCGACUGGUACCCGAGUGUUUGGUCCUGUCCCCCACGAGAUGCGCCUCAGGAAACAGCUCAAGAUCCUUACUUUGGCUCAGCACAUUGUUUGACGACACUAAAACACCAGUUAUUAUGAUCUCCUUUAUGUGACUCUGAUCCAUUCAUCACUUGGGGUUUCUGUUUGAUUCUUAAACUAUUCAACUCAUUAUUUUUGUUAAAUUCUAAAGAAUUAUGAGACCUUAACCUACCAAUUGUGAUCUUUUAUUUAGGUUCGUUUCAGUCGUUAAACCCUACUCUCUAGUAGUAAAAAGGCAGGGGAUUA